UGUGUUUAAAGAGCUGCUGUGCUGUGUGUUUAGGGCCAUUGGGAGAUAGCUGCUGCUCUGCGAGGAGGAGGCACUGAAAUAYUUUCAGGCAAGAGCAACUUUCUGAGCUGAGGCCUCACUCUCACCUGCUGGCAUGCCACCCCAAAASCAGGCUCGGCAGAGGCUUCUAAUCAAAGGGGGAAAAAUUGUGAAUGAUGACCUCUCUGUGGUGGCUGAUGUGUACGUGGAGGAUGGAGUGGUGCAGCAGGUAGGGCCAAAGCUGAACCCAGAGCCCUCGACUGGACUCGUUGUUCUGGACGCGACCGACAAGCUGGUGAUCCCUGGGGGCAUCGACACUCACACACACAUGGAGUUCCCUUUCAUGGGCAGCAGGUCAAAAGAUGACUUCUACACUGGAACCAAGGCUGCUAUAGCAGGAGGAACCACUAUGAUCAUUGACUUUGCCAUCCCUCAGAAAGGUUGYUCUCUUACUGAAGCCUUUGAUAGAUGGAAAAGCUGGGCAGACCCUAAAGUCUGCUGUGAUUAUUCAUUGCACGUGGCAGUUACAUGGUGGAGCAACAAGGUGAAGAAGGAAAUGGAAAGUCUCGUUCUAAACAAAGGUGUCAACUCUUUCAAGAUGUUUAUGGCCUAUAAAGAUGUCUACAUGGUCAAUGAUGAGGAGCUCUAUGAAGCCUUUUCCUGCUGUAAGGAACUUGGGGCAGUUGCUCAAGUCCAUGCGGAGAAUGGGGAACUAAUUGCACAGGGUGCAAAGAAGAUGCUGGCAAUGGGAAUAACUGGCCCUGAGGGUCAUGAGCUGUGUCGUCCUGAAGCAGUGGAAGCUGAAGCCACACAAAGAGCGAUCACCAUAGCAAAUGCUGUAAACUGCCCCCUUUAUGUAGUCCAUGUAAUGAGCAAAUCKUCAGCAAAGGUGAUCAGUAAUGCACGAAGGGAAGGAAAGGUGGUUUAUGGGGAGCCUAUUGCUGCAAGUCUUGGCACUGAUGGCACCAACUACUGGAAUAAAGACUGGGCUCACGCUGCAGGAUAUGUGAUGGGACCCCCACUGAGACCAGAUCCAUCCACUCCUGGUUUCCUCAUGGACUURCUGGCCAAUGGUGACCUAUCUGUGACAGGGACUGACAAUUGCACCUUUGACAUAUGCCAGAAAGCUCUGGGCAAAGAUGACUUCACAAAAAUCCCAAAUGGAGUGAAUGGMGUGGAAGACCGGAUGUCAGUCAUAUGGGAAAAAGGAGUUUACAGUGGAAARAUGGAUGAAAACAGAUUUGUAGCUGUUACCAGCACAAAUGCAGCAAAAAUCUUUAAYCUUUACCCAAAGAAGGGGAGAAUUGCUGUGGGCUCUGAUGCUGACAUCRUAAUUUGGGAUCCUGAAGCUACAAGGACAAUAUCUGCAAAGACACAUCACCAGGCAAAUAACUUCAAUAUAUUUGAAGGAAUGGCCUGCCAUGGAGUUCCAAUUGCGACAGUUUCAAGAGGCAAAGUGGUUUAUGAAGGCGGAGUUUUCAAUGUCACAGCAGGAGAAGGCAAAUAUGUCUCCCGUCCACCAUUCUCYCCAUAUGUCUACAAACGAGUCAGGCAGCGGGAACAGGUAUGUCAACCUGUUCCUGUCAAGAGGGCACCAUAUACAGGCGUGGUCUCAGGGACAUCCAUCACUGAAAAAUAACAGGCUCAUUCACCAGUUUUGGCUGUUGCAG